AUGACUGGACCUACCGAAGAUACGCAAAAAGGCUUCUUCGAAAGUGAUGCGGGCGAUGGAACAAGACGAGAGGAAAUGUAUCUCGAGGGCAAAAAACUUGUUCUAUGUUUUGUUGCCAUAUUCUUUUGUUUUUUCCUCUUUGCCUUGGACCAAACAAUCAUUGCUACAUUAUUGACCACCGUGGGAAACAAGUUCAAUGCAUUUGACAAGAUUGGCUGGAUCUCGGCCGGGUUUCUCAUCAGUAUGGCCGUUUUGGUAGCUGUGUGGGGAAAACUCUCGAUUAUUUUCGGGCGAAAAGUCACAAUGAUGGCAGCCAUCAUUUUGUUUGAAGCAGGAUCACUCAUGUGUGCUCUUGCCAACAGCAUGAACGUUUUGAUUGGUGGAAGAGUAUUGGCUGGAAUUGGUGGAGGCGGCAUUCAAAGCAUAACGUUUAUCAUUGGUACAGAAAUUCUCCCUAUCCAGAAACGGCCCAUAGCAAUGGCCAUAUUGAGCACUGUUUUCGCCGUUGCUUCUGUUUUGGGUCCUUUGAUUGGAGGUGCAUUCACAUCGCAUGUAUCUUGGAGAUGGUGUUUCUACAUCAAUUUGCCAGUGGGUGGUGCUGCUUUCCUGUUGUUUGUCCUUGUAUACAACCCUCCCAAGGCUAAGGGUAGCAUCAGACAAAAGCUCAAGUUGAUUGAUUAUCCUGGGGUCAUCCUUCUCUCUGCUGGCUUGGUGGUUUUCCUUUUGGCCUUGACGUUUGGAGCUGGCGGGCAAUAUGCAUGGAAUUCAGCUGCAGUGAUUGCUUGCUUUGUUGUUGGAGGUGUUGUCUCCAUCAUCUUUUUUGUCUGGAAUGUUCGCUUCUCUAAGCACCCCAUGUUGCCUUGGGAAGUGCUUCGGGUGUUCCAGGUCGAAGCGUCAGCUUUUGCUCUAUUUGGAGCAUACGCCUCCUUUAUCUCCGCCGUCUUGUAUCUUUCAGUGUACUUCCAAGUUAUUCAUGACGCUGAUGCCUGGGAAUCAGGCGUCCAUUUGUUACCUCUUAUCAUAGCAGUUGUGGUUGUCUCCUUUGCAUCAGCCAUUAUAUCGAAGGUGACACGCUACGUCAAACCUUUUGCUGUCUUUGGUGCUUUUUUGGGCAUGGUUGGGGCAGGCUUGCUUUGUUUACUUGAGGUGGAUUCUUCAAGCUCGAGAAAAAUCGGCCUUUUAAUUCCCAUGGGCUUGGGUAUUGGCUUUUUGAUGCAAGCUUGCAUGCUCAGUGGACAGAUCCUGGCUCCCAAGACACCAGGCGGAACAAUAUUGGCCACGGUUUUGGUUAAUUUUAUGAGGUCUUUUGGCGGAGCAUUAUCUUCUAACUUGGCGGACGCGGUCUACUCAGCGUCAUAUUUGAAUAAAGUCCACGAAAACUUGAAGAAGCAACCCGAGGAGGUAAUUAAAGAAUUGUCUACAAUUGAUGUUAGAGCGAUAGUGAGUUCCACUGCAGCGAUUGCAAAGUUGUCUGCUCCAGCACAAAAAUUUCUAAAGCACCAGGUGAUGCUGGCCAUUCGAAACACGUUCUAUAUGAACUUGGGCUUUUCUGCUAUUGCAGUCAUUGCCGUAUGUUUUAUCACAAACAAGCGUUUGCCGGAUGCUCUGGUUCAAGAAAGGGACGAGAAAAUAACAGAAACAAAACCAGCAGAAAACGAUUCUGCUGAACCAACACGGUCCGGUACCGCCAAGUAA